AUGGCUUCUGCACAAUUUCAGAUUUUAUCUAUUCUCUGUCGAAUAUCACGUCAAGCUGUAAUCGAUGCUCUUAAAGAAUUUGAUGCAACGACAAUAUUAUCAUCAAAUGCAUUAUCACGUGAUGUAAUCACCACAUAUAUAGGCACGUCUAUUGAACAAUUCCAGAAAAAAACCCUUGACAAUUACCUUUCAUACAUUCAUUAUAUAUUAUCUCUUCUUGCAGAACAUCGUUUUAUAUCUGCAUUAAGAACAAAUUUCUAUACGAGAGGUGUUCUCGAUAGCAAUAAUUUUGUAACUUUUCCUGCCAUUUAUCCACAACAAGUCGAUACAACUCAAUCGUCAUCGAUAUUAAGUGAAACAUGUCAAUGUGAUCGUACAAAUAAUUGUACUUAUCCUGCUGGCAUUUAUAAUCAAUCGCGAUCUAUCAUUCCAAAUGAAGUGUUUUCAUUUGAUGCAUCACCUCUAUUCAUGAUACCAGGAUUUCAAGUUGGAUGUGUACCACAAAAUGCAUUGUUUCAAUCAACAUUGGAAUGCUUUUACAACCAAACAUGUUUAGAUAUUGUGAUUUCGUUGACUGGUGCUCUUCGCACUGUCUCACCUCUAAAUAUAUCAAACUAUUUUUCACGAUUCAGUCCAACAACAACAAUUGCUGUUCUUUUUGAUAAUCUAAUGAUUGAGUCUUGGGAGAACUCUAUUGAUUUUGCUACUUAUUUUCAAACUUGUGCACCUAAAAUCUGUUCAUAUUCAUAUGUACAACGGUUUUUUCUCAUUUACAUGAUUACAACCAUAGUUAGUGUCUUUGGUGGAAUUCGUGUGACAUUACAUAUAGUAUCUCCAUUAUUUGUCAAAUUCAUUUUAUAUUUAUGUUGUCGACGGGUUUCAGUGCAAGAAACUGAAGAAAGAUAUGAACCAAAAAGAAAUUUGCAAGAUGGUACAUGGAAUAUUCUUAAGCAAACUCGUCACAAAAUUAUCACAUUGAAUUUAUUCAAGAAAACUUUCACCAAUGUUCAACAUGGUGUUUAUUCUACACGUGUCUAUAUCAUAUUGCUGAUGUUUGGUAUUUGCAUUUUGACCAUUUACUCUACAUCAAUAGUUAGUUCACAACAAAUCAUUGUCAAAAAUCCAAGUAUCGAUCAAUUUGAACAUCUUCAUGACAUGUAUUCAUCAAUUCUAUCAUGUCCAUGUCGUAAUUCAUCAAUACCACGUUCGAAAUUCAUAUCCAUUGAAGUAAAAAUUCAUCCAUUUUGUACAAGUAAUUUUGUUCGUGAUGAUCGUUGGUUACAAUAUUGGACAAUGAAAUUUCUCAAUGGUAGCAUCGAUCCUACUCCAUCAUUUGAUUUCAAUGAUUUUCAUUUAAGUAAUAUAACAGCGCUUGAUCCAAACACUUUAAUCAAUUUUCAGCCUCAAGAUCCAUUACAAAGUUUAAUGAUUAGUUCUCUUGUUGAUCAAUUGAUUUAUACAGCAAAUUAUACAUUGUACUAUGCUGAAUGUCAACCAGAGAUAUGUACUUAUACAAUAGAUCAGGAAUUACAUGCUAUUGCUCGUAUUAACUUAAUUAUUGGUCUGAUUGGUGGACUAACUAUUCUACUUCGUAUCUUAGUUCCAUCAUUGAUUAAAAUUAUCCAUUUGCUCCAUGGUUUCUGCUAUCAGCAAACACGAGGCAUUGUUGUUGGAUGCUCAAUCAUGGAUGGUCUUUCACAGUCAACAUUUGAAUGUUUCUAUGAUGAUGUUUGCGUCAAUCAACUAAACGAACUGCUUAACACUUCAUUUACUACAUUUAAUCUUAGUGCAACACAGUUCCCACCAACAACUCCAAUUGGAUCGAUUCUAGAUGAGAAUUCCAUAGUAUCAUUCGAUUUAUCAGCGAAUUAUUCUUCAUAUUUUCAAAUAUGUGCUCCAUCAAAAUGUCAAUAUCGUUACAUUGAACAAAAUGGUGUUGUUUACAUAUUCACAACGCUGCUUGGAUUGUAUGGUGGAUUAACUCUUGCUAUUGUACUCAAUAUCCAUCGACAUUAUUUAGGAUAA